UAAUAACAAACUAUAAACUAACUAAAAUAACUGAAUAAACAAAUUAAAUUAAAAUUCGAAUUAAUUCUUUUCUUUAUUCUAACGAAAAAGAAUGCCAUGAACAGGACCCCCCUCUUUCGGCAAUGCGUUGGGCUUAUCCAUGUAUUUUGAGUUUUGCAAGAUUCUACGAGAAAACCACACAAAUCUCUAUCAAAUCAAUGGUGCCAUGGCAUCAAUUCAUCCAAAUAUCUCAAUGGAACCUUCACCUUUUCAUUUCCUUUUGCCUCCUUUUCCUUCAUCUUAAUUACGUAAUUCCCAAGCUCACCACCUUCAAACAAUGGCGUAUAUCCCCACCCAUGUAUAUAUAUGUUUAUGUUCAUGACAGCAUCAAAUCAAUCAACCACCAUUUGCUUCAACCUUCAAAUUUCUCUUCAGAAUUUUCACUAUAUGGAUCGAGUUGCAAAACUGGCAUCUCAAAAGGCAGUGGUGAUCUUCAGCAAGAGCUCGUGUUGCAUGUGCCAUGCAAUCAAGAGACUGUUUUACGAGCAAGGGGUGAGCCCAGCAAUCUACGAGCUGGACGAAGAUGCAAGAGGCAAGGAAAUGGAGUGGGCUUUGACGAGACUCGGGUGCAAGCCGCCGGUCCCGGCGGUGUUUAUAGGUGGCAAAUUUGUUGGCUCUGCGAACACAAUCUUGACCCUUCAGCUCAAUGGUUCGUUGAAGAACUUGCUCAAAAAUGCAGGGGCCAUUUGGCUUUGACCUUGUACUGAAAGUAAUUUAUAGAGACUGCUAAUUAAUGUAUCUUUUAUAUGAACUUGUGCUUUGAAUUUUGGAAAUUUUGAGUCUAAUCCUCAAAGUCAAACACUUUUCUCUC